UCUGCCAAAACUCUAAAAUGGAAACUGAACAGGCCCAUAGGGUUUAUGCCCCCGAUUCCCAAAUCACACAUCUGGUAUUUCACAAGAUCGUAUCCGUCGCUCUUUCUCAAGCCGCCUCACUGUGAAAUCCUCGAUUCCCCAUUCCUCUCUAUAUCAGAAAUGGCGACGGUUCCUGGGCAGCUGAUAUGGGAGAUCGUGAAGAAGAACAAUUCUUUUUUGGUGAAGGAGUUCGGGAACGGAACCGCCAGUGUGAAGUUCAGCAAGGAGCCUAACAAUCUCUACAACUUGCACUCCUACAAGCACUCUGGGUUGGCAAACAAGAAAACUGUGACCAUUCAACCAGGAAAGGAUCAGUCUGUGCUGCUUGCAACAACUAAGACCAAGAAACAGAACAAGCCCUCCACUUUGCUUAACAAGUCUCUCAUGAAGAAGGAAUUCAACCGCAUGGCAAAGGCUGUCGUCAAUCAAGUGGCUGAUAACCAUUACAGGCCGGACCUGAAGAAAGCAGCACUUGCAAGGUUAAGUGUUGUUAACAGAAGCCUCAAGGUUUCCAAGUCCGGAGCCAAGAAGAAGAACAGGCAGAGGCUCUGAUCACGUAGAUCCGGGUCAGGAUAUGCUAAGCAGCCUGGUUGAUAAGCUUGAGUUCCUUUUCAUUUCUAUUCGUGUACUUGUACGUGUCAUGGAGACCGAAUUUUUUGCAGUAAUCUUUUUACCUAAGAUUUUAUUGUGUGGAGCUAUGGUAUUUAUUUUUUGGACCAAUAUAUGCCUAUAAAUCACCCUGUUCCCUUA